GGAGGGAGUCGGAGGGGCUGCCCGGUGGGCCCGGAUCCCCUUCCCCCCAAAGUGGUCAAGGGGCGGAGGAGGGAAAGGCCGAAGCGGCGUCGCGGCUGUUGUUGUUAUCAACAGAGGUUGUUUUACUCGGAGUAGACCCGUUUAAAGUAAUGGGCAGGAGGAACUAAGGUUGGUUCAUUUCGACGGGCCUGCGGUGAGUAAGACCUACACGGGCACAAGCCAGAAAUGAUAAUGAUGGUGAUAAUAGUAAUAAUAUAAUAUAAAACGUUUCUGGGUUGUGCUGAAGUAAGUUAUGCUCGGAGUAGACCCGUUGAAAUCGAGUUACAGGUAGGUAGCCGUGUUGGUCUGGCGUAGUCGAAACAAAAUAAAAUAAAAAAUUAUCUGAAGGUAUCUGAAGACGUGUGUAUGCGCACGGAAUCUCAUACCAAUGGCAAACUUAGUUGUCUCUAAGGUGCUACUCGUUGAAAUCAAAUCAGCCUGAACUCUACAAUUCUACGUGGAGAUUCCUGCAUUCAGGGGGUCGGACUAGAUGACCCCUGGGGGUCCCUUCCAACUCUAUAAUUCUAUGAUUCUAACUCUUAAGAAGGACAAUGUUGGAGAUAACCUAUCAAUAAUUAUAAUAAUAUAGUAUAAUAAUAGGAGAAACGACAUGGGAGGUUUGCCAACAAGCAGCCCACCCCAGGUAGGGUGUCGGAGAGGAAGUGAGUUUCCCUCUCUCCCUGCAGCUCUUCUCCCACCCCUCUCUGGGUAGGGUGAGAGUUCAGAGACAGGGAGGAGGAGGAGGAGGAUGACACAGGGAUUUAAAUGUUCCUGCGCAGGUGGAGAAUUUCCUCUCAGCAUAAGGGCACUUAUAUGAGGGCAGGGCACGUUGAGGCACAACAUGCAUGCACAAAAUAAGUUUAAAACAAUUAAAUCAGUAACCGAGCUCUUUAAAAAGAGGCAGUUUUAAAAAUCAGCAAAGCAGGGUGCAAACCAAAUUUAAAAAGCACUUAAACUCGAAAGCACGUCAAAGUGCAAGUACUGUAGAUAAAUAGGUACCGCUACAGCAGGAAGGUAAACAGCGUUUCCAUGCGCUGCUCUGGUUUCGCUAGAAGCAUCUCAGUCAUGCUGGCCACAUGACCCGGAAGCUGUACGCCGGCUCCCUCGGCCAGUAAAGCGAGAUGAGCACCGCAACCCCAGAGUCGUCUGGGACUGGACCUAACGGUCAGGGGUCCCUUUACAUUUUAAACUAAGCAAACAAAUAGGUUUGAAGGGUGCCAGAACGACAGCAGUGUUGGUGCCAGACAAGUUUGUAAAGGGAGGGCUGCAUACGCACACUAAGUUUAAGACAACCCCCCGAACAAUAAAUUUCCCCUCACAAAACUACAGUUCCUGUAAACUACAGGUCCCAGGUUUCAUGAGGCAGGAUGUGUGUGGAAACUCUGGAAUUUGCCGGGCCAGCCCAAAGUGUGCCUAAUUUACCCAGCAAGCUGCCUCCAAGAAUUGUUGGCAGAUUCUUCUGGGAUGUUCAGGAGGAGGCAUGUAAGGAGUCAACCUUCCACUGUUGUUUGUUCCCAGCAUUUGGUACUUUUGACUGUCCUUGUGCAUGGAGGCUUCGUUUGCUAUAUUAACUGAAUUCAGGAUUGAGCUAUCUAAUCCAGAGGAAGGGAAGGUUCCGGAUGUUGUCGGACUCUUGAAAUCCCACCAGCCCCAUCCGGAGUGGCCAGUGGUCAGGGAUGAUGGGAAUUGCAGUCCAACAGCAUAUGGAUUGCUACAGGUUCCCCACCUGUGGCCUAGAAGAGCAAAAAGACUUCCUUGCUAGCUCAUAAUAUGGUAGUCCUGUGUACGGUAGUUGUGCAUUUCAUUUCCAGAAGCGGCCCUUCGAGUACCCACAGCUUGAAGGCAACAGCCCCCCUCUGCUGUGUCCCCCCCCCCAGCAAGUGGCAUCCAGAGGUAGAUUGCAUUUGUUUUGCGGUAGCCGUUGUCAAACAGUUUGUGUGGAUUGUGUAACUCUUCUACAUGUGAGCAGCAUCUUUGCUCUCUGCCACGCCCCCAUGUGUUACAAGCAUGGCAUUAAAAUAUACGGUACUUUCCCAAUUCUACAUAAAGCCCAUGGGAGGAAGAAACCAGAUUUGUAGUAAACACAACAAACGUUCUGGGGCUUCUGACUUCAUUUUCUAAAGGGGAUAUUAGAGUCCCUUUCUGCAGGAGAAUAUAGACAAAGGCAACUUUUCUCGGCAUGCAGUUGUACUAACUUUUUAAUUGGAUUUCCCUUGCAUGUUCCAAAGUGUGCGAGAGAAACUUUUUGCCAGUUUGUUGAUUAAUAUUCUUUACAGCAGCUGAAGAGGGUUUUUUUGUUUGCUGAAGUGAGCAACCUGUUUUAUCUCUUCCUUUAGAACCAACAAAAUUUUCCUUAGUAGGAAUAGAGAUGUGUGAGGUGUGGAUUCAACCACAGGUAUGUAGAGUGAUUCUCUAUUUCAUGAGGAGGAAAGCAUGUAGACUCUUAUAUAUGGAUUUCCAACCAUGUUUCUUCCUCCUCCCCACUUUUUAUCCAUUUUGGGGGUAUUUGUGAGUGAAAGAGCAAGGUGUGUGGUGAUGGUGAUGAUUUAUUAAAUAUGUAGCCCCCCACCCACCCGCAGGUCUCAGGGCAACUCACGGGAUAAAAAUCACAAUAUAAAAACGGCAAAUGCACAAUCCAAAUAAAAACAAGAACAACCCAAUUAUUCCUCCACCCCCUACACAUUUUAAAAGGGCAUUGAAUGUCAGUCAACCAAAGGCCUGGUUAAAGAGGAACCCCCCCCCCCCCCGGUGCGUAAAGGUGUAUAAUGAAGGUGGCAGGCGAACUUCCUUGGGGAGAGCAUCCCACAAAUGGGGAGCCACAUAUAUGUGCAUUGUAUGGAUUUGGACUAGAUGAUCCUUGCGGUCCCUUCCAACUCUACAAUUCUCUGUUUCUACAAUUGUGUUCUCUGAGACCAGCAUGCCCACCCGCACAAAAUGUCUCCCUUCUCCUAGGGUUUCGUUUGGUCUGAAAAGUAAAUAAAAAUUAAGAAAGAAAGAAAGGACUGCCUCUCCCCUAAUGAACUGACCUGGACCGUGCAAUUAUCAUAUGAGGCCCUUUUUUGUGUGCCUCUCCCACGAGAGGUCCAGAGGGUGGCAACAUGAUGACCGGCCUUUUCUGUAGUGGCUCCCCGUUUUGGGGAAUACUCCCCCAGGGAGGCUCACCCGCCACCUUUACUAUGCCUCUUUAGGUGCCAGGCGAAAACGUUCCUCUUCAGCCCGGUGUUGGGCUGAUUAAUAGUCUAUGGCUUUUUAAAUGAGCUUGUGGGAGUGGGGUUAUUGGUUUCUUUUUGUUUUAUUAUUUGUUCUGUUCUCGUUUUGUAUUUUUAUGCUGUGAACCACCCUUUGAUCUUUGGAUGAAGGGCGAUACCGUACACAGAUUUAAUAAAUAACAACCACCACCACCACCUAUCUCAUUCCAUUAACCAUGCAUUUUUCUUUACACAUUGGAUUGUGUUCACGGAGAAACAUAACGGGCUCACUCUCUUCCCAUAGCUUGUGGCGUGCUUCAAGAUCUAGGGACGUGCUGGUAUUCUGCUGUCUGCUGCAGGUACAAAGAAGACAUGGAGGAGGGUUUGAAGUGGCCCUCGGAGAGGCUGGAAGUUCAGACAGCUGCUUCUCCCGGGGUCAGCCGGCGGCUAUCAGUCAGCGAAUUCUCUUGCCAUUGCUGUUAUGAUAUUCUCGUCAAUCCUACCACCUUGAACUGUGGGCACAGCUUCUGUAGGCAUUGCUUGGCGUUAUGGUGGACGUCUUCCAAGAAGAACGAGUGUCCAGAAUGCAGGGGGAAAUGGGAAGGAUUCCCCAAAGUCAACAUUCUUCUCAGGGAUGCAAUUGAAAAACUGUUUCCAGAUGCUAUCGAGCAGCGGAAGGAUGACAUCCAGCAGAACAGCGACGCGUCCCUCAGCCUCGCCGCCUUUCAGAAAUACGGGAGCGAUCAGACCUCUGCAGCUCCAACUGCGGGGCGAAUUAAUCCUCGAGGAGGGGGAUUUUUCUCCGGCGUGCUGACAGCGCUAACUUGUGUGGCUGUAGUUUUGCUCGGCUAUCACUGGAGCAGCCGGGAGUCGGAAGAUGACCUCCUCGUCCACAAACCCGUUGCGAAAUGGACCGCUGGGGAGGUGGUACACUGGCUGGAGCAGCUGGGACCCUGGACUUCCCUCUACAAGGAGAGGUUUUUACUUGAGCGAGUUAAUGGGAGGCUCCUGUUAACGCUCACGGACGAGGACUUCUCAAAGGCUCCUUACAAUGUAGAGAACAGUAGCCACAGAAAGGCCAUUAUGACGGAACUGGAACGCGUGAAGAUGCUGGGGGUCAAACCACCGCAGAACCUUUGGGAGUACAAGGCGGUGCAUCCCGGGAAGUCGCUGUUCCUGUUGUACGCCUUGAAGAGCUCCCCUCGGCUCACCAUGCUGUACUUGUACCUCUUCGAUUACACGGACGUCUUCCUCCCCUUCCUCCACACCAUCUGCCCUGUGCAGGAGGAGGAGCUGGAGGCCAUUCUUGCAAAGCUGCUGGACCUGAAGGAGCCUGCUUGGAAGCAGUGGCGAGAAUUCUUCGUGAAAUACUCUUUUCUGCCCUACCAGCUAAUAGCUGAGUUUGCUUGGGACUGGUUAGAGGUCCAUUACUGGACGUCGCGUUUCAUCAUCGUCAACGCCAUGCUGCUCUCUGUCUUGGAGCUCUUCUCCUUCUGGAGGCUGUGGUCAAGAAGGGAGCUGAAGACAAUUCCUCACCGGAUGUGGGGCCAUUUCUGGAAAGUGUCCACCCAGGGACUCCUCAUGGCUAUUUUCUGGCCAGUUAUUCCUCAGUUUGUUUGCAACUGCCUGUUCUACUGGGCUUUGUACUUUAACCCAAUUAUAAACAUUGAUCUUGUGGUGAAAGAAAUCCGUCGCUUGGAAACUCAAGUGCUUUGAUGGCGUGUUCUGAGAUCGGCACUGUGCUGUGCAGUCCCAAACCAUCUGGUGGCAGGGAGCUGGCAAAAAAAAAGGAAUUUAAUUUUCUUUCCCACCGUGACAAAACUUGUGAUUUUUUUUUUUUAAAAUGGCACACCUACUUUUGCAGCAAGUCUUCCUUUUCAAAGCUGUGACGGCGGCAACAAUUGAAGGGAGGUGCGUUUCCUCGAGGAGAAGGAACAAUUAAUUUCCCUAUAAUCAGAACAUUUGCUUUUGGACUAAACAAAGCGCCAACGUUUGUGUGCCACUCUCUGUAUCCGGCCGUACAGCACAAGAAGCCUGAUGAGAAAUCUAAGCAGUCAGGCUCCUUUUUCAUGCAAAACGAGUCCUGCAUUUACACGUUAAGCAGCUGUAUACCCUUAAGAGACACUUGACCCUUCUAAAAAUGACUCAGAUCCUGACUCAGCCCUCGUUUCCUUAUACACACAGCUCUGGUCAUGUUUGUGAAUUUGAAGUACUUUCUGUUGCUGUAUUGAUUUAUUAGAUCUACUUGCCAACUGCUACCACUUUUUUUUUUAAGGGAAAAGAUGUUCUGCACGUAAAUGCCAAUUGAUUUGUGAGACGGUGGGCUUUUUUCCUGUACGUAGAUGAACGCCUCCUGUUGCCACUCGUUAAAUGUAUGCCAAAACCCAAGAUUAGCUUUAUUUUAAAUGAUGUGCCCCUAUAAAUUAAACUUGACUCUGCGUUUGUAAUGAUAUGAUCUUCAGAUUUGCAUAUGAACCUUUUUAAGAAUUAAAGCGGAAGAUUAUUUUUUUUCUAAUA